UUUGUUGUUGAUGAACAAGAUGGUCAAUCACUUGAGAUUAUAGUGUUCAAAUCCACCAUAAAGAAGAUAUUCAAAGAGUCACAUGAUUGUUUUGAGCAUUAUGUCAAUGAAAUUGAUGAUUCAGAGACUUUGGAUCUAUACUAUAUGACACUAGGAAUGAUGCUAAUAACCAAUGAUAAUCAUACAAUAAAUCAACUUCAUUGGGUGUUGGUGGAGAAGAUAACUUCCAAUACUUUAAAACAAUUCACAUCAUUACAUCUCGAGCCAACCCAGUUCCUAAUAAAAGAAGUCUCAUUCAUUGAAUUAUUACUCGGUUCUAAUAACAACAAAUUGAAUAAAUCAUCAACAUUAUGGCAUUUUUACAAACGAUUCUUUGUGAUGAAUCACCUUCCCGAAUCGGAUUUCCUUGAAACAGCAUUGCUCUCAGCUGGAUCACAUCCCACAAAUUAUUAUUCAUGGAGUUUUAUACGAUGGUUGGCUAAAUAUACUGAACUAACUAAAGAUGAUGAAUUGUUCAAUAAAAUUCUGAGUAGAGUGAGACAAUUUUGUCAAAAGCAUACUAAUGAUAUAGCUUCUUGGGAUUGCCUGGUUGAUGUUUUAUGUUAUGAUGAA